AUGGCCACAAACAGCUUCAUAGCACGAGAGUCGUGCGAUUCCAAGACGGCACCUCUCGCCUAUCCCUCGACAAAAGAGCGUCUCUCGAGCUUCAACAGCCGACAGCUUUAUGACGAUGCGGACAACGACUCCUUACGACAGAGCCCGCACAUCCUACUGAUCAAGGAGACCACGCAUGUCGAGCUGUUCUACGACUUGUUCUUCGUUGCGAAUUUAGCCGUCUUCACACAAAUACACUCAGUCACCGAUGAACGGACCCUCGAACAAUACAUUUGCUUCGUAUAUGUGCUCUGGUUUUCCUGGUAUCAAGUCACGCUUUACGACGACGAAGCGUUGUUCAACUUCGUCCUUAGACCGUGGCUCGCGCCCUCUGCAACAUUAUUACUGUUCUCUGACAUGGCUACCGAAGAAGAACUUCUCGAGAAUGAGGGACAGAUCACCAAUGGUGACGGCCGCCACGAUUCUGCCGCUCACCUCGACCCAUCUACCACUGAUCAAGAGCGCGACCCACCAAACAUCGGCAUUGUUCCAGCGCUCAUGGAAGACUGGCCCGACGUCAACAUCCCAUUGCAUUUUGAUCAACGGGUCCGUCUUCUACGGAGAGAUGAUGACAGCAGAAGCAAUGCUAUGAUGAGAGCCAUACAACAGCAGUGGCAGGACUUUCUCCGCGUCAAGGAUAUGUCAGCUUUCAUCGCGGCUUGCAAAGUGGCAGAAUGGCGGCAGCCAGGAAUACAUCGUAGACCUCCGUUCAUCGCGGUCUUCGUUCCAGAGCACGACCUACACAAACUACCUCGGGUACAUGGCGAGAUCGUGAGGAUACUCAGAUAG